CUGGCCAAGGACGUGACCCCGUGCUGCAGCAGCGGUGUGCCCAAGUUCACACGUCCCAGUGAUGCGCCAUGCCGAUCGUCGAUAAGCUGAAGGAGGCCCUGAAACCUGGCCGCAAGGACUCAGCCGACGACGGAGAGCUGGGGCGGCUGCUGGCCGCCUCGGCCAAGAAGGUCCUUCUACAGAAGAUCGAGUUCGAGCCGGCCAGCAAGAGCUUCUCCUACCAGCUGGAGUCCUUGAAGAGCAAAUAUGUGCUGCUGAACCCCAAGCCCGAGGGGGCCGGCCGCCACCGGAGUGCAGACGAGCCGCCGGCCAGGAGACUGGGCAGCGAGCACGCAUAUGACAGCGGCGGGGACGGGGUCCCCGCCCCACAGAAAGUGCUCUUCCCCGUGGAGCGGCUGUCUCUGAAGUGGGAGCGCGUCUACCGUGUGGGGGCCGGACUGCACAACCUCGGCAACACGUGCUUCCUGAACUCGACCGUGCAGUGCCUGACCUACACGCCGCCACUGGCCAACUACCUGCUCUCCCGGGAGCACGCGCGGAACUGUCACCAGGGGGGCUUCUGCAUGCUGUGCGUCAUGCAGAACCACAUGGUCCAGGCCUUCGCCAACAGCGGCAAUGCCAUCAAACCCGUGUCCUUCAUCCGGGACCUGCGAAAGAUCGCCCGGCACUUCCGCUUCGGGAACCAAGAGGACGCGCACGAGUUCCUGCGCUACACCAUCGACGCCAUGCAGAAGGCCUGCCUGAGCGGCUGCGCCAAGCUGGACCGUCAAACGCAGGCGACGACUCUGGUCCAUCAGAUUUUUGGAGGCUACCUGAGGUCGCGUGUGAAGUGCUCCGUGUGCAAGAGCGUCUCGGACACCUACGACCCCUACUUGGACGUGGCCCUGGAGAUCCGGCAAGCUGCAAACAUUGUGCGCGCUCUGGAGCUGUUUGUGAAGCCAGAUGUCCUGAGUGGAGAGAACGCCUACAUGUGCGCUAAGUGCAAGAAGAAGGUGCCCGCCAGCAAGCGCUUCACCAUCCACAGGGCCUCCAAUGUCCUGACCCUGUCCCUCAAGCGCUUCGCCAACUUCAGCGGCGGCAAGAUCACCAAGGACGUGGGCUACCCGGAGUUCCUGAAUGUUCGCCCAUACAUGUCGCAGAGCAGUGGCGAGCCUGUCAUGUACGGGCUGUAUGCCGUCCUGGUGCACUCAGGCUACAGCUGCCACGCCGGCCACUAUUACUGCUACGUGAAGGCAAGCAACGGCCAGUGGUACCAGAUGAACGACUCCUUGGUCCAUUCCAGCAACAUCAAAGUGGUUCUGAACCAGCAGGCCUACGUGCUCUUCUACCUGAGGGUCCCGGGCCCCAAGAAGUCCCCCGAGGGCACCGUCUCCAAGGCAGGCUCCUCCCUCGCCAGCCGCCCCUGCGUCAUUCCCGACCACGUCAAGAAGGGUGUUAGCAACGGGACUGGCUCGUCGCCCCCGGCUGGAAAGAGACUAGACCCAGCGAUGCUGAGGAAGCUGCAGGCCACCGAAGAGACGGGUGUGCCCGUGUCCAGGACCAGCGCCCUGUCGGGCCUGAAGCCUCAGAACGGACACGUAUCUCCAAAGCCGCCCUUGGGGUCCCCUCCCCCCCGGCUUUCCAAAACCCCCACGCCUCUGCCGACCGUGCUGGAUGGGCCUGGAGAGAAGGCCAAGAAGCCGGCUCCCCCACAGCCACACCUGUCCCCGCCCCUCAAAACUUCUCAGGGGUUCCACGGAACCAGCGCCCAGGGCGGCGGCAGGUGCGACAGCCAUAGGCCAAGCUCCUGGGACAGCAGGGGCGCUGUCCCCGCUACCUCACCCACGCUCCCGGCCGCGGCCGCAGCCAGCGGGCACGGGCCCUCGGGCCCCGCCCGCGCCAGGGGGGGCUCCAGCAGCUCCAGCCCCGAGCGCUCGGCUGGCAGCGACUCUGCCCGGUCCCCCGGGCCCCCCCGGGGCGGAGCCGCCCGAUUCUGUGAUUCUCAGGGAAGGACCCCCGUGGCCAGCCCCCCCAGGCCACUGCCGACGGGCGAAGACCCGAAGGGGGUGAAGCCGCGGUCCCCCGUCCUGAGCAAUACUGCCACGGAGCCCACAAACACCAUGUCUCCUCCACCAGCCAAAAAGCUGGCCCUUUCUGCCAAGAAGGCCAGCACCCUGCGGAGGGCCCCCGGCACUGACCGCCGUGCAGCCCCCCUCCCACCGCCCUCCGACCUCACCUGCCCCGGGAAAGCCACUCACCCCGCCGUUGCCUGCGCCCGGCCCACCGGUCCCACCAGGUCGCCCAGCCACCUGAAGCCGCCCCUCGGCCCCCACUCUGCGGCACUGCCCAGCAGCCCCCAGCCUCUCGGGAUGUCCGCCUCUGCUCCCUCGCCUCAGGUCAACGGGGGCUUCCGGGCCCCUCCACACCAGCUUCCGGGAGCCAGCGAGCCCCCCCAGAGUCUCUGUAAGAAGAGGAAGAGGAACCACCAGGGAGAGAUCCAGGGGCAGGGCUCAGAGACAGGGAGAGCAGUGGGGGCCCCUCCUGGGAAGAGGAGGAGGAAGAAGAGGAAGCGCCCAGAGGACGCGGACACCUCCGCCCUGCAGGAGGGGCAGCACUGGGGUGCCGAGCGCAGGAAGGAGGGCCGGGCAGAGCCGCCUGCGGCCAGGCUGGAGGGAGAGAGCGGACAGCAGCCAGUGAAUGGCCAGGGCCUUGUGAACGGCUGGCAGGUGGGAUGCAGGGCAGACAGCCCCCACGUGAGCAGGAAGAGGAGGCGGAAGGGAGUGGAGAGCGGUGGCCGCGAAGCCUGCGUCCACCAGGACCCACCUUGGCCCAGGAGCCGCCCUCCCUCAGAGGCUAGCGAGCCUGAAAUCGCUGCAGCGUCCCCGAGGAAAAAGAAGAAGAGAAAAGGAAAGCCGGAGUCUCAGCGGGAAGGAGCCGAGAAGGAGCAGCCCGAAGGCCGGAGGAGCGAGAGGCCGGGGGGUCCUGCCGUCCCAGGGAGCAGCCCCGUGCCUGCUGUCAACGGCCGGGGUCCCGGGGACCUCACAGGGCUGGGACGGGGCCCCCGGGAGUCCUGGAACGAAGAGCGAGACGGCGACGUGGUCCAGGAGCUGCUCGCGUGCUGCUCGGAUAAGGCCUACGGCAAGAAAGUUUUGACGUGGGAUGGUGAGGUGUCAGCUGUCAGCCGGGACGCUGUUCGAGACUGCGAGUUGGCCCGCGCCUCCACGGUGAUCGACGACUGGGACGAGGAGUUUGACCGUGGGAAGGAAAAGAAAAUUAAAAAGUUCAAGAGAGAGAAGAAAAGAAACUUCAAUGCCUUCCAGAAGCUUCAGAACAGACGGAACUUUUGGUCUGUGACUCACCCGGCCAAAGCUGCCAGCCUCAGCUACCGCCGCUGAUGCGCCACAGCCCACGUGGACUCGUGAAGACGGGCAUCCCUUCCCGGGAGCCGGCCCCGUGGGCUCCUCGGGCUGGGGCAUCAGCAGCCCCUCACCGGAGCCUGCUGCGGAGGACACGCACAGAGGCUCCAGCGCCUGUGGCCAGGACCUCGGGUGGCACAGCACGCCCGUGACAACGUGGAGAGCAGGCGGCAGCACCGUGGGAGCCUGGAUGGCAGCGUCUGGCCCGGGCCGCGGGAGAAAGCCAGGGAGGACAGCGGCCACGCUCCGCCUGUGUGCUCGCACACCCUCAGGGUGACCGUGUGGCUCUUCUGGGCCCGCCAUCCAUCGCCUGCUCCUGGUGGC